GAGCCCCACUGGCCCAGAGCCUGUGAGCACUGAAUGGCUUUUCUCAUUCAAUUAAUUCAGCAGAAUUUCACUAAUUCAUCCCCCAACCCCUCCGCCUCAUCCAGUGGAUGCCCAGGACGGUGUUUCAUUUCGUUUUACUGAGAUUCAGAGUCAGACCUUCCUCCUUAGAAGCUCACAGAAAAACACGCUUUCUGAAAGAUUCCAUAUUCAAUGCCAAAAUAUCCCACAGGAAAAUUUUGCAAGGCUCACGGAUUUCCAGUGCACCAGUGGCUAACCAAGUAGGAGCACCUCUUCUACUGCUAUGAAAGGAAGCCUUCAAACCCUACCACUGAACCAUUAACUACCAUCCUGUUUAAGAUUUGAAAAACAUGAAGACUGUAGUGCUCCUGAUUUGUCUUCUAGGAUCUGCUUUCACCACUCCAACUAAAUAUACUCAUUCUGAAACCCCAGAGGAAGAGAACACAGGGUCUGUAAACAAAGGUGAUGUGCCGUCUGGCCACAGGGCCAUAAAAGCAGAGGUACCGGUACUAGAUACACAGAGGGAUGAGCCCUGGGCUGCCAGAAGACAAGGACGAGGUGGUGAGCAUCAAACCAAAAACAGCCUGAGGAGCAUCAACUUCCUUACUCUGCACAGUAAUCCGGGCUUGGCUUCUGAGAACCGGGAAAGCAACUCUGGCAGCAGCAGGGAACAGCCCAGCUCUGAGCACCACCAGCCCAGGAGGCACAAGAAGCAUAGCAACACGGCUGGUCAGCGGGCUCUGAGAGGAGAAAGUCCAGUGGAUGCUCUUGGUCUGGUUCGUGAGCUCAACACAUGGAAAUACAAUAAAAACGCAAUUGGCUUAGAUGAAAGCAACAGUGAAAGCGACGAAGAAGAAGGUGGGGAGGAAGAAGAUGAGGAAUGGGGUGAAGAAACUGAUUAUAGGGAUACAAAGCACAGAGCCCACGGGACAAGCCAUGGAAGCCAAUACAGGAGAUGGCAAAAUGAAUACAGCCGGCCAUCCGGUGAAUUCUUGAGAGAUUCCAGUCUGCCGAUGCAUAUAACCAAGAGACACAGUGAGAAAUUUGGCAUAGAGGAUGAAAGUCAGGAAAAGCCCUACAGGGAAGGAAAACUCCCUCUCUCAAAGAAAAGUCAUAAUGAGGAUCGAGGUGAAAAAAGACAAAGCCAAGAAAGCAAAGACCAGUUUGAAGUAAACAAUCAGCGCAAACAUGAAGCAGUGAUGAAAACGCAGGAUAAGGAGGGCAGCAAUGCUGAGGAGGAUGAUAAUGAUAGCGGUGAUGAUGGUGAGGAAGAUCUCAGCAAUGUCUGGAGGGAAGCAGUCUAUGAGGAAGAGGAGAGAAUGCAAAGCAAUGACCAGGACAGCAUCAGCAACAAGCAAAAAGAGGAAGGAACUGCUGGAGAUGACAGUGGAGUUUAUAGGGAGAUGCAGGAUUAUCAGGGUGACAAAAUUAAAGACGUUACUCACUCCAAAGAGCAUCAUUACCACCAUGAGCCACCUAAUUCCAGCAGCAAGCGACAACUGCAAACAAGUAGCUCUGCUGAGAGCAUGAAUUCAACGGAACAUGAGGAUGAGGUUAAGACCACGGGAGGUUCACAUAAUGAGGAAAGUGCAAGGAACAGCACUGGGAAGGCUCUCCUGGAUCUUUGUAGGAACUUCCACUGCAAAAGAGGAAAAGUCUGCCAAGAAGACAAGCAGGGGAAACCCAGCUGUAUUUGCCAAGAUCCUGCUGCUUGCCCUUCCACCAAAGAUUAUGAGCGUGUCUGUGGCACGGAUAAUAAGACUUAUGAUGGCACAUGCCAACUCUUUGGCACCAAAUGUCAACUUGAAGGGACAAAAAUGGGACGCCAGCUGCACCUAGACUAUAUGGGUGCCUGCAAAUACAUACCCCACUGUACCGAUUAUGAAGUGGAUCAGUUCCCUCUCCGUAUGAGAGACUGGCUCAAAAACAUCCUUAUGCAAUAUUACGAACGCGAUCAGGGUACGCCUGGGUUUCUAACUGAAAAGCAAAGGAAUAAGGUCAAAAAAAUAUACCUGAAUGAGAAACGUCUUGUGUCUGGUGAGCACCCAGUUGAGCUUCUCCUGCAUGACUUUGAGAAAAACUACCACAUGUAUGUGUAUCCUGUGCACUGGCAAUUUUAUCAGCUUGACCAGCACCCAGUUGACAGAUCACUGACGCACUCAGAGCUCGCUCCUUUGAGAGCCUCCCUCGUUCCCAUGGAACACUGCAUAACCCGUUUCUUCCAGGAGUGUGAUGGAGACCAAGACAAACUUAUCACUCUGAAGGAGUGGUGCCGCUGUUUUGGGAUUAAGGAAGAAGACAUAAAUGAAAGUCUCCUGUUCUGAGCCCGGCUAAGCAGAAUCCCUGUGCAGCGCUACAGCUUGACAAACAUGUGAUGCCCGUUUAUGACUGCAAUUAACAGCUCUGUAAUUUUCAGGAAUAAGUUGGCAGAAGAUUCUUGGAGGCAGAAUGAGUUACUCUUGGAUAACACAAGUGCCUAAUUGUUGCAAAUUCAUUAACAGCCGUAGUGUUUAAGAACUCCAAGUAGCUCAUACCUAAACAGUGUUUUCCUCUGCAUGUACCAAUAAUCUCUUAGUAGGACUAACCUGACGACUGAGUUGUUCACAAAACCCUUCAGUAGAACUGUAGGAUGUGGAUUUUAUAAUACACCGAAGAAAACUACUUUGAAAUAGGUUUUCUUUUCUUGUCAUUUACUGUCAGUUUAGCACUCUGCAUAGAAAUGUCAAAUAAACAAAGUCUACCCAGA